AUUGAUUGAAUGCACAGGUGAACAAGCAACAGGUUUGGGUUUUUGAUCAGGAACAGAUAUCGCACAUCCAGAAAUGAAAGCUUUCUUCUUGAAUUUUAUUACUACGUAUUUGAGCAUUAUGGUUGGUUUAUCGUUAAGUAAACUCGCCAGACCAACGGUCCCAUCGAUAGCACAUUACUUUGGGACAAAAGGCAGGUACGAGGAAGUGAACCCACAUUUAUUAGAUGACGUUCUGUUUGUAAACAAAUCGCAGGUGGCUCCCCCUUCCCUAGACUGCCGUGCCAUCCAUAUGGUGUCUGUGAUACGUCACGGGACACGCUAUCCGACCACCAAAAAUGUGAGAAAGAUCGCGCAACUGUUUGAUCUGGUCAAGUCUGACUCGCUGCGUUCAGCUUCAUCAUGGCUAAAUGACUUAAAGACAUGGAAGAUGUGGUACACUGAAGACAUGGACGGCAGACUAGUGGAGAAAGGACGAGAUGACCAUAGGCAUUUGGCCAUGAGACUGGCAAAGUCCUUCCCCACUUUGAUUUCUGCUGAUCACCUCCGUGCCAAUCGCAUCGAGUUCAUGACUAGCUCCAAACACCGCUGUGUUGAUAGUGUCAAAGCCUUUCAAGAGGGUCUUCACAGACUCUGGGAUGUUCAAGAUAUGGAUUACCAACAUUACGUGGAUGAUUCACUCAUGAGAUACUUUGAUCACUGUGAGAAAUUUGUGGAAGGUGUUGAAAACAAUAAAACAGCUCUGAAGGAAGUGCAGCGCUUCAAAUCUUCAUCAGAAAUGGAUUCAGUGCGCAGGAAAAUAUCCAGUCGUCUUCAAAUUCCAUACGAUCGAAUCACGGCAGAUAUGGCUGAGGCAGCUUUCUUUUUGUGCUCUUAUGAGUUUGCCAUCAAGUCAGAAUACUCUCCUUGGUGCGAACUGUUAGAUGAGUCCGACGCUCAAGUGCUGGAGUAUAAAAAUGACCUAAAACAGUAUUGGAAGCGGGGAUAUGGACAUGACAUCAACCGCAAAUCCAGCUGCCCUCUCUUUCAUGAUAUUUUCAGUCGUCUUGAUAAUGCUGCUAAAGACCACAGAUUCGGAGAGGUGAAAAAGACUGCCACCAUUCAGGUUGGUCAUGGUGAAACCCUGCUGCCUCUGCUCUCUCUAAUGGGCUUCUUCAAGGAUGAAAAACCUUUAACUUCAGAGAAUUUUGCACUGCAACGCAAACGUGUAUUCCGCUCCAGUAAGAUUUUACCUUAUGCUGCAAACGUUGUCUUUGUCCUGUAUGAAUGUAGCGAUGGACUAAGAGUUCAGUUGUUUCUCAAUGAGAAGCCCAUGAUUUUUCCCAGCAUGAACCAUGCAGCUCCUCUGUAUGAAAGAGUUCGAAAGCAUUACUCAAAGCUUCUUCAUGGGUGCGAUUUUAAUAAGGAGUGUGAUUUGCCUCAGUUGAAUCUCAGGAACACUGAACUGUGAGUCAAAUGAUUGAAUAGGUGUUUACAGGGAUUAAAUUCUGUGCUCAUGGAAACAACUGCAUCUUUACCUUUUUUCUAACUUUGGUUGGAAUUCUGUGUAUGGUUUUAUUUAUUUUUUAGGCAACCAAAUUGACAAGAGGUGUACAUCUGAGCUUUAAGAAUGAUUUCUGUGUUUGUUUUGCCAAAGAACUAAUGACAUGUGGUUGUAUUGUACCAAAUGACUUGUAAUUUUGUGAUGAAAGAAACAAUUGUAUAUAGAAAUAAAUAUACAGUGCAUUUUCUACAGUUUAAACAACCAAAAA